AUGCAGCAAGCCAUGGAAGAACCUAUCGAAAAGUUGAUUGAUGUUGCCAUGUGGAGCAAGGCUGCUGACGACAUUACAUGGAUCAAGCGACCACGCGCAGUGAUGGAGAAAAGAGUGGGUGCUGAUAACGACCAUAAUCCCUAUGUGUGGUUUCCAGGAGGCACGCUCAAUACUUGUUACAACUGCAUUGACCGCCAAGAUCAAAACCAAGUGGCUCUGAUUUAUGAUUCGCCAGUAUCUGGAACAAAGCGUCAAUACACGUACGGUGAUAUACGUGAUGAGGUGGUUCACUUGGCUGGAUUGCUCCACGAUGAUUAUGGGGUACGCAAAGGUGACACGGUGUUGAUUUAUAUGCCGAUGGUACCCGAAGCUGCGUUUUGCAUGCUUGCAUGUGCUCGGCUUGGUGCGGUGCACAGCGUAGUAUUUGGUGGAUUUGCUCCAAAAGAGUUGGCCAAACGUAUCCAAGACGCACAACCCAAGGUGUUGGUAACAGCAAGUUGUGGUAUUGAACCAACGCGUGUGAUCCCAUAUAAACCACUCGUGGACGCCGCUUGUGCAAUGGCAACACACAAAGUGCCGAUCAAGGUGGUACUGCAGCGACCUGGCAAGGUACAAGCCGACAUGGAUUACAACAAGGGCGAUCGUGAUUAUCAUGUUGAAAUGAAACGUGUACGUCAAGAAGGUCGUGCUUUUGAAGCAUGUGUUGAGGUGGAUAGCGAGGAUCCUUUAUAUACAUUAUACACAAGUGGUACAACGGGAGUUCCUAAGGGAGUCGUGCGAUCCAAUGGUGGACAUGCUGUGGUAUUAAAGUGGUCCAUGGAAUACAUUUACAAUGUACGUAAAGGCGAUGUCAUUUUUACAGCAAGUGAUAUUGGAUGGGCAGUGUCACACAGCUACACCAUCUAUGGACCUAUGAUGGCAGGUGUCACUUCAGUCUUUUAUGAGGGCAAACCCGUCAACACGCCUGAUGCGGGUGCCUUUUGGCGCAUCAUAUCCGAUUACAAAGUCAAUACCAUGUUCACUGCACCCACUGCUGUGCGUGCUAUUCGUCGUGAAGAUCCAGAUGCUCUUUGCUCGAAACGUUACGACCUUAGCAGUCUCAAUGUUUUGUUCCUUGCUGGCGAACGUAGCGAUCCUGAAACAUUGCGUUGGUGCAAACAAGUGCUUCAUCAUGCACACGUCAUUGAUCACUAUUGGACAACAGAACUUGGAUCACCGGUGACAGCAAGUUGUGUGGGUGCAGCGCGUAACAGCAAUACCUCCGUGCCCAUCAAAUGGGGAGCAGCAGGAAAACAAGUUCCUGGAUCCAUCAUACGCAUCCUUGAUGAAGACACACACCAAGAAGUUCACACACCUAAUCAUUUUGGUGAUAUUGUUCUUAAGCUUCCUUUGCCGCCUGCUGCAUUUCCUUCAUUGUGGAAAAAUCGAGAUGGAUACAAAAAGAGUUAUUUUACACGUUUCCCGGGAUACUUUGAUACAGGUGAUGCCGGCAUCAUUGACGAGGAAGGCUUUGUGCACAUCAUGGCAAGAACAGAUGAUAUUAUCAAUAUUGCAGGACAUCGCUUAUCAACAGGAUCCAUUGAACAAAUCAUCAAUGCCCAUGAAGCUGUGGUCGAAUGUUGUGUGGUGCCACUACCUGACAAGCUAAAGGGACAUGUACCUCUUGCCGCCGUUGUUCUUAAGCCGGGACAAAACUUUGACAAGGAAAAGAUUACACGGGAUCUUGUGGCUGCUACUCGCCGAGAUCUCGGUGCCAUUGCCUGUUUUGAACGAGCCAUCUAUGUCCAACGACUACCCAAGACUCGCAGUGGAAAAACAUUACGUCGUUGUAUUCGUGAUAUGGUGGAUGGCAAACCUGUACGUGUCCCUGCAACCAUUGAAGAUGAGACGGUCUUGCCGGAAAUCGAGGCGAUUUUGCGACAAAAUGGAUUGAUGGGAUCGCAACCUGCCAAGCUCUAA